AUGGCGGAGCAAGGAUUGAAACCCGGUCACAUUCGGAAUGCGAUGAAGAUCAAGAUGCAAUUGUCAGAGGAUACAGCGCCUACAAUAAAAAUGGUGCAGAAUCUGGUGAAUUAUUACUCUCGAACAAAACUCGGCAACAAUGAUCGCCACGAUAAGAUCACGCAAUUGGUGCGCGAUGCAGCUUUUACCGGUCGAGAAGAACAUACACAAGCUUUCAUGUUCGGGUGGGAUUUAGAUGUGGAUGGAAACCUGUCGUUGGAAACGGGUCAGACAACAACCCAUUUUUGGUUGGAAUCACAUCUAAAACGCUGUUGA